GGCUGGAGAGGAUCACAACUGAGUGUGCUGAGAGCUGAAGACAUUCUGCUGAGUCUACCCAGCAACCAAAAGUUCCAAGAUGUGGAAAAAGAAAUCAAAGGUCACGGACCAGACGGCCACUGGCCAAGUUGGGAUCAAGAAGAGAUCAAAAGUCCCUGGAGUUAUGAUCACGCAGUAUGUGGAGGAAAUACCAGAUGGGAAAAGCCACCCUGACUUCACCCGCAAGCCUAUCGCGUUGACCAUUCAGGAGGGUAAAUUCGCCUUCUUCAAAGCCCUGGUUAUUGGAGAUCCAGAACCAACCGUGACAUGGGGCAGAAAUAAUGGAGAUGUGUCAGAUACAUCAAAAUAUGUGACAAAAUAUGACCCUGCUACACGUGAGCACUUAUUUGAGAUGGCCAAUGUAAAACCAGAACAAGCAGACACCUACAAAUGCUUUGCAGCUAAUGAGUUUGGAAGAGCAGUGGUCACAGUGGUCCUCAAUGUUAUUGAAGUUGGGUUCAAGAAAGGACAAGCGGACUCACAGUUAAAACCAGUGGCGGCUGCUGCAGAUUUUAAAUCUGUACUGAAGAGAAAAAGUAAAAUUCGUCCCAAAAUGGAAAAGAAAGAAGAUGGAGAAAUAGAUCCAAAGUUUUGGGAACUCUUGAUAAGUGCUGACAAGAAAGACUAUGAGAGCCUCAUGUUGGAGUUUGGAGUCACUGACUUCCGCUUUAUGCUGAAGACACUGAAUGAGAUGAAGAAGGAAAGAGAGGAAGAGCAAGCACAGUUCAUUGAAUACCUAGCUAACCUGAAACCUAUUGAAGUUGGACCCGAUGGCUGUGCAACCUUUUCAAUAGACAUGGAUCUCAUUGAACAAAGCAGCAGGAUCUUCCUCUACAAGGAUGGAGUGAUGAUUCCAUACAGCAAGGAGUUGGGAGAUACAAUCAAACACAGCCUAAAGAUAGUGGGCCGAAAGUAUCAGUUCAGCAUAAGGGAUCUGUUUCCUGAUGACGCUGGGCUCUACCAGGUGGAUGUUGAGGACGUAAAUGUAUUCUCCACCGAUUUUAAGAUUCCCAUGGUGGACUUCCUGGUCAAGAUUCAGGAGUGUAAGGCCAUGGAGAGAGAGGAUGCUGUGUUUGAGUGUGUCCUGUCACAGCCCUUUGGCAAGAUCAUGUGGGUUGGCAAGAACUUACCAUUGGAGGCAGGGGAUAAAUAUGAUAUUGAGGUUUCAGAAGACAAGCUCAUCCACAGACUAAUCAUUAAAGACGUUGCUAUGGUGGACAAAGGCAUCUAUGCCGCUGUGGCAGGAAUCAAAUCUUGCAAUGCCUUUCUUGUUGUUGAAGCCGACAAGGGUGAACCCGGCAAAAAGAAACAACGUAAAACCACAAGGGCAGGAGGAGCUGGAGUUGACCUGACGGCGAUUGCCCAAGAGCAGGCAGUUAAAAACACGGCAGACAGAGAGGUGCUGAUGGAGAAGGUGAAAGCAAUCAAGGACGAGAGAGCGGCUAAUGCCACUGCAGCACCUGAGACUUCCGCUAAAGCUAAAGUUAAGGGGGUAGAGGCUUCCCAAACAGGAGCUCCAAAACAGGGACCGGCAGUUAAAGGGUCUGACCAUAAAUCCGUGGAUAAUGAGGGAUGCAGCAUUAAGAGUGGACUCUCGGAUCUCUUUGCUCUCCGUGGCAAGAAAGGUGAACUGGUUUGUGAGAUGAGCCAUGAAGUUGAUGGGGCCUGGUUCAAGGAUGGAGAGAAGUUAUCCACCACAGAUGGAAUAGCCAUAGUGAAAGACGGAACGAGACACACGCUGACCAUUCAUAACAGUAGUGAAGACGACACUGGAGUCUAUCACUUUGAAGCGGGAGGAUUUAAAUCAGAGGCAAAAGUCACUGUGGGAGAAUUACCUGGCGUUGAUGCUGAUGACCUCCACAAGUUUUCUAAGCCUGUGACAGUAAAAGUGGGCCAGAAUGCAUCCUGGAAGAUGCCUUAUACACCACAGGACAACUUGGAGGUGAAAUGGUUUAAGGAUGGCAAAGAGUUGAAGGAUGGUGGUGGGGUGAAGUUGGUGAAGGAGGUCAACCACAGCCGGCUGCUGCUCCGGGAGUGUCUGCGUUCCGACGCUGGAGAGGUCAAGAUUCAACUCAAAAACCCAUUCGGCACUAUAGAGGCCACAUCUCGACUGAUUGUCCUUGACAAGCCCGGCCCACCAGAAGGCCCGGUGGAAAUCUUGGAGACCACCUCCACUGUGAUUGAGCUGCAAUGGGGUGCUCCUAAGGACAACGGUGGCUCCCCAGUGACUAACUACAUCAUUGAGCGCCAGCAGCUAGGACAGACCGUGUGGAAGAAGAUGGGGGAUGUCGCAGCUGACAAAACCACCUACAGGGACAGGAAUGUGGUCCAUGGGAAACUGUACAUCUACAAGAUCUACGCAGUGAACCCAGAGGGGACCAGUGAUGCACUGCAGACUGAGGAAACAAUGGCUGGCAUAUUGAUAUUUGCUGGCCGACCUGGAGCACCAAAAGUGGUCAGCGCGUCAAAGACCUGCAUCAACCUGAAAUGGGAGCCCCCGGAGGAUGACGGAGGAAUUAAGAUUAAUGGUUAUCAACUGGAAAAACGCAAAAAGGACACAGCUCAGUGGAUUGCUUUGAACCCAGUAACUGAGCCUAUUGAAGUGCUGGAGUAUGCAGUGAAGGAUGUUGUUGAGGGGGCGGAGUACGAGUUCAGGGUAUCGGCCAUCAACGUUUCUGGGGCGGGAGAGUUCAGUCUCCCCUCUGUGAUGGUGACUGCAAAGAAUCCCAACAUGAGGCCUAUAUUCAAAGAUCCAGAGGACUUCAUGGUGAUCAGGGCGGGAAACUCUGUGAGAAUCAAAGUUUUCUAUGAGGCUGAGCCUCCACCAGAGAUCACAUGGAUGAAGGACAAUGAGCCUGUAUCCAGUUUUAUACAGAUCAUCAACACAGAGGGCUGUUCCCAGCUUGUGAUCCCCUCAACAAAACGCUCUGAUUCAGGAAACUACACCAUUGUGGCAAAGAAUAAAGUUGGAGAGGCCAGCUUUGACAUUGAGGUCCUAGUCACAGAUGAGCCAAAGCCUCCCGGUGCAGUGGAGCUGGAGCAGAUUGUCCAUGGCAAAGUUAUUGUGUCCUGGGAGGCCUCUCCAGACCAGGAGCUGGACAACAGGCUGUAUUACAUGGUGGCCGAGCACAACUCCAGCACACGCAUGUGGUACACUGUGGCAGACCGCAUCUUUGACAAUUCAUACACAGUCAAUAACAUCAUGCCUGGAAGGGAGUACCACUUCAAAAUCUAUGCCAAGAAUGACAUGGGCAUGUCAGACCCCUCCAUGUCACCCACCUGGGGCAUCAACAGCAACAGAAUUCCUAUAAACACAAACACGCCAGUGGAAGUCAGCUUUGAGAAACCACCAUCUGUCCUGGUCCCUCUGAAGGUGCACUCGCCACCAAAAGGAUUCCAGAUGUACAUGACCUGCGCCAUCAGGGGAUGCCCCACACCCAGCGUCACGUGGCACCUGAACAACGUCUGCAUCAAUGGUGACAGCAACUACUACAUCACCAACUCAUACGGCGUGUGCUCCAUGUACAUCCUUAGGGUCAGGCCCAAGGACGCCGGAGAAUACAAAGUUGUGGCAGUUAACUCCUUCGGCAAGGCAGAAUGCUCCACUAAACUUGUUGUUAAAGACUAAAUCACAUUGAUGAAUUAUCUUGGAGGUUUUCUUCUGCUCUCCUUGAUUCUAUGUAGAAACAUAUAUUUAUUUAAGCAAUAUUUGAAUAUGUUAGAGUUUUGGUACAUGUAUGCGGGAUACAUGAUUAGGUGUUGUGUAUUACUCAUUAGUUAUGUCACUGGACAACUUAUCUUCAGUUGUGAGACAGACUUAGCUAACAUUUCGUUUUUUGUUCCAUUUACUAUAUUGACUGAAUUAUUUAUCUCAAAUGAUAAGGAAAUUAAAUUGAAGUAUUAAGUCAUUGUCAAAAAUAGCACUAUUUUUAUUUCUUUGAGAAAAUCACAAAUGUACUUUGGAAAACUACAAUAAAUACAGCACUUG